UACACAUUGCCCCGUGUGUUAACAUGUUUUUAACGGAGUGAAUAUUUGCAUACCCGGAUGUGUUGAUCUAUAUUUUUACAAGACGGUUACUAGCCCUGUGAGGAAUCCUUACCAUUUUUGUUUUUAAUCAUGGAACAAAGAGGAUGCGUGGCAAGAAUGGCGAGAAGACGGUGGAUCGGCUGCGUGGUUGCUGUGCUUUUGUGGAGCGUAACAUCGGCACAAUUACGAUAUUCAAUCUCGGAGGAAGUUAACGAAGGAACUGUGGUUGGAAAUAUAGCUAAAGAUCUGGGUUUAGAUAAAAGCACACUGAAAGACAGGAAGUAUCGGAUUGUUUCCAGUAAUGCGGAUCCGCUUUUCCACGUGAAUCAAAACGAUGGUGUCCUGUAUGUGAGCCGGAAGAUUGACAGAGAAGGGGUGUGCGAGCGAAGCAGUACGUGUUUAAUAAAUCUGAAAACUGUGCUAGAAAAUCCCUUGGAGGUGCAUUAUGUUGGAGUGGAGGUGAUGGAUAUAAAUGACCAUUCUCCCAGUUUCCCAGACGAAGAGAAAACGUUAGAGAUCUUUGAGUCAGUCUUACCUGGGGCAAGAUUUCCACUACAAGCUGCGCGAGAUCCAGACGGUGGUCCCUUCACUGUUCAGCAGUAUAAACUCAGCCACAAUGGCCACUUUCGUUUAGAGGUUAAAGACCAUGGUGAAGAUGGGAAAAUACCUGUAUUAAUUGUGCAAAAAUCUUUAGAUAGAGAGGUUUCCGCAAGACAGUCAUUAAUGCUGACUGCACUAGAUGGAGGAAAACCUCCGAAAUCUGGUACUAUGAAUAUUCUAGUAAAUGUUUUAGAUGUAAAUGAUAAUGCGCCUGUGUUCUCUAAAGACUUAAACUCAGUAAUGCUUGAGGAAAAUACUCCAAUAGGCACAACAAUCUUACAAGUGAAUGCGACAGAUCUGGAUGAAGGACUAAAUGGAGAAAUAGUUUACUCGUUUAGCAACAGCGUAAAUCGUAAAUUCUUUAAGCUAUUUGAAAUUAACCAAUCAACAGGGGAGAUAAUUGUUAAAGGUUUAAUAAACUACGAGGAUAAGGACCGAUAUGAAAUUGAAGUUCAAGCGACAGAUAAAGGUCCUGCUCCACUGGCUACACAAAAAAGUGUCGUCAUAAAGAUAGUUGACGUGAAUGAUAACGCACCUGAGAUUGAGGUUACCUCCUUUUCAAACUCUAUCCCUGAAGAUUCAAGACCUGGAACUACAGUAGCCCUUAUCAGUGUAAAUGACUUGGACUCUGGUCUCAAUGGAAAAGUGAUUUGCUCAAUAGGUGAGGAUGCUCCUUUUGCUUUAACUCCAUCAUUACAAGACAACAUGUUUUCAUUAGUGACCAAAUCCCCCCUGGAUAGAGAGAAACAGUCACAAUAUGUCCUGACAAUAACUGCAAAAGAUGGUGGUGAACCUCAAUUAUCAUCUGAGAAGACAAUACAUGUAGUGGUUUCAGAUGUGAAUGACAACAGUCCAGCGUUUUCAUUGAGUCCAUAUACUUUCUAUAUCACUGAAGCUAAUGAGCCAGGUACCUCUGUGUUUUCAGUUAAAGCUUUUGAUCGUGAUGAGAACGAUAAUGCACUAAUAACCUAUAAUAUUCUCAGAGAUAGCAGUGAAGGAAAUAAAUUGACCUCAUAUUUAAAUAUCAACUCUGAAACUGGAGAUAUUUUGGCGCUAAAAAGCUUUGACUUUGAGACUCUGAAAACGUUCCAGUUCCAAGUUGUCGCCACAGAUUCUGGAACUCCGUCACUAAGCAGCAACGUUACAGUGCACGUGUUCAUUCUGGAUCAGAACGACAACGCUCCAGUCAUCCUGUAUCCGGUCAGCUCUAACGGUUCUGCUGAAGGUGUGGAGGAGAUUCCCCGCAAUGUGAAUGUAGGACACUUGGUGACUAAAGUCAGAGCCUAUGACGCUGAUAUAGGAUAUAACGGCUGGUUACUGUUCUCACUGCAGGAAGUUACUGCCCACAGUCUCUUUGGUUUGGACCGCUAUACAGGACAGAUCAGAACACUUCGCUCAUUCACAGAGACAGACGAGGCUGAGCAUAAACUGCUCAUACUGGUGAAAGACAAUGGCAACGUUUCCCUGUCAGCAACAGCUAUGGUGGUUGUUAAACUUGUGGAGCCCAGAGAGGCUUUUGCUGCUGCUGAUGUUAAAAGUGCAACAAAGGAUGAUGAGGAUAAUAAUGUGACUUUUUACCUGAUGAUAACUUUGGGCUCAGUCUCAACACUUUUUCUCAUCAGUAUCAUCGUGCUGAUUGCAAUGCAGUGCUCUAAGUCCACAGACUAUACUUCUAAAUAUCUACAAGAGACUAACUAUGAUGGUACACUGUGUCACAGCAUCCAGUACAGAUCUGGAGACAAGCGCUACAUGUUAGUUGGACCCAGAAUGAGUAUAGGAUCUACUAUAGUCCCGGGCAGCCAUGCCAACACACUGGUGCUCCCUGACAGGAGGGGAACAUCUACAGAGUUCCAAGUUGUCGCCACAGAUUCUGGAGCUCCGUCACUAAGCAGCAACGUCACAGUGCACGUGUUCAUUCUGGAUCAGAACGACAACGCUCCAGUCAUCCUGUAUCCGGUCAGCUCUAACGGUUCUGCUGAAGGUGUGGAGGAGAUUCCCCGCAAUGUGAACGCAGGACACUUGGUGACUAAAGUCAGAGCCUAUGACGCUGAUAUAGGAUAUAACGGCUGGUUACUGUUCUCACUGCAGGAAGUUACUGCCCACAGUCUCUUUGGUUUGGACCGCUAUACAGGACAGAUCAGAACACUUCGCUCAUUCACAGAGACAGACGAGGCUGAGCAUAAACUGCUCAUACUGGUGAAAGACAAUGGCAAAGUUUCCCUGUCAGCAACAGCUACUGUGGUUGUUAAACUUGUGGAGCCCAGAGAGGCUUUUGCUGCUGCUGAUGUUAAAAGUGCAACAAAGGAUGAUGAGGAUAAUAAUGUGACUUUUUACCUGAUGAUAACUUUGGGCUCAGUCUCAACACUUUUUCUCAUCAGUAUCAUCGUGCUGAUUGCAAUGCAGUGCUCUAAGUCCACAGACUAUACUUCUAAAUAUCUACAAGAGACUAACUAUGAUGGGACACUGUGUCACAGCAUCCAGUACAGAUCUGGAGACAAGCGCUACAUGUUAGUUGGACCCAGAAUGAGUAUAGGAUCUACUAUAGUCCCGUGCAGCCAUGCCAACACACUAGUGCUCCCUGACAGGAGGGGGACAUCUACAGAGUGUUGCAAUAACGUUCUGGAUCGCAUGGUGUCGGUAUGGCAAAUAGUGUCAGAGCUUUUGGUCAUCGUCUUUAAUCCAAUCAUGUAUUUCUGCGUGAAAAGGGCUUGA